CUGUUAACAGUGUUAACCUCAAAGUUAAAAUUUUAUAGUUUUAUUUUUUAUUCAUUGUUGGGAAUUCGAAGUUUGUUUCUAUAAAAAAGUUUGGUAUUAAAGACAAAUAGUAAUAAUUAAAUGACCCAACAUGAGCAAAAUAUUCACUCCAACAAAUCAAAUCCGAUUAACAAACGUUGCUGUAGUCAGAAUAAAAAAAGCUGGAAAAAGGUUUGAAAUAGCUUGUUAUAGAAAUAAAGUUGUUUCAUGGAGAAAUCAAGUUGAGAAGGAUAUAGAUGAAGUACUACAAACUCACACUGUAUUCGCAAAUGUUUCAAAAGGACAAGUAGCAAAAAAGGAGGAUUUGAUAAAAGCUUUUGGAAAAGAUGACCAAACUGAAAUAUGUAAAGAAAUUUUAGCAAAAGGAGAGUUACAAGUUUCAGAUAAAGAAAGGCAAAGUCAAACUGAUCAACUUUUUAAGGAUAUUGCAACCACUGUAGCUGAUAAAUGCUUAAAUCCAGAAAUUAAAAGGCCAUAUCCAGUUACUAUUAUUGAGAAAGCUAUGAAAGAUGUACAUUAUUCUGUGAAACCUAAUCAAUCUGCUAAACAGCAAGCAUUACAAGUAAUUAAACUUAUUAAAGAAUCAAUUCCUAUAGAAAGAGCUAAGAUGAGACUAAAAGUUAAUUUUAAGGGAAAAGCUGCAAAGAAAAUAAGAGAUAAAAUAAGUAAAAUAGAGAGCACAGAAGUUGAAAAAGAAGAUAGAGAAGAAGAUGAAAUUACUAUUGUUUUUCUGGUAGAUCCAGGCCAUUUUAAAGAAAUUGAUUCUAUGGUCAAAGCGGAAAGUAAAGGAACAGCUUUAUUGGAAGUUAUGUCUUACAAAGAAAUGGUUUUAGGAGAAGAGCAUUUUUGAUGAACAUUUUCAAUUAUCAUGGUCAUUGUAAUAGGCCAUAUUCAUUCAGAUGGUUGUUUAUGUAAUGAUGCUUUACUUACUAUUAUAUUUAUUUAACUUACCAACUAAUAAAAUUGUCAAAAUAUA